GGCCCGCCAGCGCGAAGCAAGCCGCUAUUCGCGCCCUCUCCGAACUACUUUUCACCAUUGUACUUUUGCUUUAGCGAGUGGGCAGCGUCGUCGUCGAGGUUUGCAGUCUUGCCUGCACCGCCACAGCGCCCCGAGACCUUGCUCGAUACGCUGAUCCUUUCCACGGCCGGACAAAUAGGCGGCGCCAUCGUCCAUCAUCAUGGGCGAGCAGCCGCGAAGCAUCGGUUUCGACGUCCCUCACAACAACGCCCUGCUCCCAGAGCACGGCAUGGUCGACCCGGCUAAGCCAGUCGUGGUGAAUGCGCCCGAGCCCCAGCGCAUAGAUAGCUCGGGUUCGGCUUCAUCAGGCGGAUCCGAUCACGACGCCCUACUUGGCACCAGCGGUAUCGAAGAAGAAGGCGAAUACAGCUUUGCUCCUCCUGUCGUUGCGACGCCUGUCGACGACGUUGCUCUACUGAGCCAGCCAACGUACAGCUGGAGCAGCCAGGGCUCUUCACGCUCGCGAGGGCCUCAAAUCAUGACAGAUCUCCCCCCGCCGGUUCAGACCAACGGGUCCACGCCCUCGUCCGCGAGGGCAGCGCGCCCCUCCGCCGUCAGGACGCCCUCCAACGCAUAUGCACCCGCUAGACGCCCACAGCAGUUCUCGCUCAACUCAAACGCCCACCGCACCCGCAACCCCUCGGUCCCGCGCGCUCGCCGCAACAACCCCAACGCCGAGUACCGCGCCCAGGAAAAGGCCUACGUCCAGCGCAUCCGCCAGGAGAAUGAACAGGACGACUUCUUCGACCCUGCCCUGCGCACCCCCAGUCUGGGCUAUAGCACAGACUCGGGCACCGACGACGAGUCGCCAUCCACGGCUGACUAUGUCGACAACGACCCAUAUGACCAGGAGACGCUGUUGUACUAUGGCAACGACGAAAUGCAGCCCUCCAUCGAGGAGCUGAAGAUCCCCGAGAACCGCGAGCGACUCGAGUGGCACUCCAUGCUGGCCAGCGUGCUGACGGGCGAUGUGGUCAAGCAAGAGAAGAAGCGCCUGAUUGGCAGCACCGAGCAGCAGGGCGACAGCACAAUGAAGGCAGAGAUAUGGAUGGGCAUACGCGCCAAGGUCUGCGGCCGCUCGCUACAGGCACAGCGCCGCAUAGUCGACGAUGCACGCAGCAAGAUCAGAGCACACCUCGAGAGCAUCAUCUCCUUCGAGGUCGGAGGAGAAGCCGAAGCAGGCCAGACGGCCGCCCAGCAGGUCGAGGACAUUGUCAAGAAGAUUGAAAAGGUCGAGAGCGCCUACCCCACACGACAGGCGCUUGAGGCGGCAUAUCCACGGGCAGCCUCGCUGCCGUUCAAGGACGCUUGCGACGCUGUCACCGCCUGGCACAACACCAUUGCCCUCAUCAACACCGAGAUGUCCAUCUUGAAGAUGUGGGUCGGCAAUGAGGAACUGGACUUUACAAAACCCCGCCCUCGUUCUUCGCAGGACCACCACCUCACGGACGAGUCUUCGUUUAUCGACCGCAUUCUCAAAGAAGAUGGCCUAAAGUCUCUGCAGGGCGAAACGAACCUGCUUAAGCCGCUGGAGAAGGUCAUCCAAAAGGCAAAGAAUACAUUGAUCGCCAACGCAGCGGGCUUCGCUGACAGACAUCUGCCGCCCUACAUUGAAGAGCUGCUCACGCUUAUCAACUUCCCAUCACGUCUGCUACAGGAGAUUAUUCGAGUUCGCCUGUCCUACGCCAAGAAAAUAAAAGAUCCAUCACAGCAGGGGGUCAUGAUGGCGGAGCAGAUGAUCGCCCAAUUCCAAAUCUUACUGGCAAUGGCAGGGCAAGUCAAGGAGAGUUACUUGGUCAUAUCAAGGCCGGAGCCAGGCUGGGACUUGCCUCCCUGCAUUGAGGAGAACUUCGAUGUGGUCGUCUUGGAUGCUUUGAAGUUCUACUUCAAGAUGCUGAACUGGAAGCUGGCGGCAAACAAAAACACGUUCAAGGAGGCUGAAAUCCUGGAGCAGGAGUGGGACUUUUGUAACAAGCUCGGUAGACAGCUACAAGGUGGUGAUGUCGAGACGGCAGAGCAGUUCAGCGUGCUUACUUCCAAGUCACUCACUCGCCUCAGCGCUCACUUUGAAAGGGAGCUGCAACGUCGACCAGACGAACUCACGGGAUCUGAAAUGGAGAAGCGCUACAAACAAAUACUGGAUUCCGUCCGUGUCCGGCAGCGUAAGCUAUUCCGUUUCUCCAGGAUCUUGACGCAGCGUUUCGAAAACUGCACCGAAUACAACAUCAACCAUAUUGACCUAGACGAAGACCAGUUGAGCGACUUCUAUGAGUCGCUGAUGAUCACCGGGCACUUCCUUGUUGAGACAAGUGGUGGCAACAAUACCGGUGUGUACAUCAUCGCAUCGCCAGCUCUGUUUGAUCGGCCGAAGGAUAUCCAGUCUCUUCUUACAACCUGCUACCACGCGGAAGAAGGACCGGAAGAUCCGUCUAAUCCCUAUGUCUUGAUUCUUAAGCCAGAGCAGCCUCUUUACUGGGCCGGAAAGAACAUGUCAGCCGGCAUUCAUGAACCUCAUCUGGAUCUGAAGGCUGGGCGCUUGCGUCUGGUUGCGGAUGGCUCCCAACAGCGACUUGCAAAUGCCAAUAUCUCAUUCGUACAGUCCAUUGGUAUGGAACUCAACACGUUGAUCGACCAAAGGGCCAAUCUUCCCCGUGUCAACCAGGAGUUACAAAAAAUCAAGAAGACCGCUUACAAGCUUUCCAACACCAUCAUGGAUAGUGUUGAGAUUGUUCGCAAGCAGACUGCAGGCCUCGACUGCCAGGAUCUCAUUCAGACUUGCUUCGCCUUCGCAACUGAGUUUGGCCAGCGUUCCGUGCUUUACAUGGACUACAAUCGUCGAGCCAUGAACAACAUCAAGCUGACCAGACUGGCACUGGACUGGGUCAGCUUCAUCUGCGAUGACUGCAUUGCUUCAGAUCGCAAAACGUUCCGAUGGGCUGUGGUCGCCCUAGAGUUCGCCAUGAUGAUGACUCGCGGCCAGAAUAUUCUGUCUAUUAGCGAUCAAGAGUACUCGCAGCUGCGAUCCAAGGUAGCGGGAUGCAUGUCGGUCCUCAUUUCGCACUUCGACAUUAUGGGCGCAAGGUCAACCAUUGCUGCCCAGGCUGAGAGACAACGCUUGAAUGCCGUUGCUGGAAAGAGUCUUCUAGACCCCAAGAACUCAAAGGACGACGACGAAUCGAUCGAGUUGACUCAAAUGCAGUGGAUGCAAAGACUUGAAGAGAUCGACUCAUUCCGCAAAGAAAAGGAAGCCGAGCGUCAAGCCCUGGGUAGGGUGUUGGAGGACUCUAACGAAGCUGACCGAGCGCUCACCUACCUCUCCUCGUCCGCGACUAACGUUACACUACGAUGGCAACAAGGACAGUUCGUUGGCGGUGGUACAUUCGGCUCCGUGUAUGCUGCUAUGAAUUUAGACUCCAACCAUCUCAUGGCUGUCAAGGAGAUUCGCCUGCAGGAUCCUCAGCUCAUUCCUACUAUUGUCGCUCAGAUCAGGGAUGAGAUGGGCGUCCUACAAGUCUUGGAUCAUCCGAAUAUCGUGUCCUACUACGGUAUAGAGCCGCAUCGCGACAAGGUCUAUAUUUUCAUGGAGUAUUGUUCCGGUGGAUCUUUGGCGGGGCUGCUCGAGCACGGGCGAAUUGAAGACGAGACGGUCAUCAUGGUCUAUGCGCUGCAGAUGUUGGAGGGUCUUGCGUAUCUCCACGACGCUGGUGUUGUGCACCGUGACAUCAAGCCCGAAAACAUCCUUCUCGACCACAAUGGUGUCAUCAAAUACGUCGAUUUCGGCGCUGCGAAACUCAUCGCCCGCCAAGGUAGAACCCUUGCCGCCGACAACACCGCCACGCGUCAAGGCCGCCAGCGCUCCAUGACCGGUACCCCAAUGUACAUGUCCCCGGAAGUCAUCCGCGGCGGCAGCACCGGCCGCCACGGCGCCGUCGACGUCUGGUCCCUCGGCUGCGUUAUUCUCGAGAUGGCGACCGGCCGACGGCCCUGGGCCUCCAUGGACAACGAGUGGGCAAUCAUGUACCACAUUGCCCAAGGUGACCCGCCACAGCUCCCUACCAAGGACCAGCUCAGCGACCAAGGCAUUGAUUUCUUGCAAAAGUGCUUUGAGCGCGAUCCAUCAAAGAGAGUGAGCGCGGUAGAGUUGCUACAGCAUGAGUGGAUCAUGACGCUCCGCGCGCAACUCAGUCUGGAGCCACCGACGCCAAGUGACUCGAGCUCGAAUGGAAAUACGCCGCUGAGCAGUAGGCAGAAUUCCGGCUAUGGGCCAUAAAACCUCUACCAAUCCACAG